AUGGUUCCAGCUCCAGUAUGGCCUACAACAACAUCCCCCCCCGUCUACCCUACCACCUGCCUUAUUGGUCUGAAUAGCCCCUAUCUCAACCGAGCCCACGACUACAACUGUACCAUCGAACAAGUCGCCGCACAAUGGAUUCCCGAAAUCCGCGCCCGCCAACCUCACGGGCCCUACAUCCUGGGCGACUGCUCUGCCGGCGGGUACUAUUCCUACGAAGUCACGAAACAGCUUUUAGCUCAGGGAGAAGCCGUUUCGAAACUCAUCCUUCUCGAUUCACCCUGUCGUACCGACUUCGCGGCCCUGCCCGUCGAGUGGCCAGGUAUCUGGGAAAGACAGGCCGGAUGGGGAACUGGGAUUCCGGUGAUUGCACCCCAGAAUGGGUGA